AUGGCUUCAGGUCGGACCUUCAAGCUGAGUAGCGGGUACAGCAUGCCCGCCGUUGGCCUGGGCACAUGGCAAUCGAAGAACGACGAAGUCUGUCAGGCGGUGAAGACAGCUCUGGAAGCAGGCUACCGACACAUCGAUGCGGCAGCUGUAUACGGCAACGAAAAGCAGGUGGGAGAUGGAAUCAAGGCGUCCGGGGUCCCGCGCAGCAAAAUCUUCUUGACCAGCAAGCUAUGGAACACCCACCACCAACCUGAGCAUGUCGAGGAAGCCGUGAAUAAAUCACUUGCUGAUCUGCAGACGGACUAUCUGGAUCUGUACCUGAUUCACUGGCCAGUAGCCUUCCGACACUCCAAUGAAACCAUUCAGCCGGUCGAUGCCCAGACAGGCCUCAUCGACGUGAUUGAUGUACCGAUCAAGGACACCUGGGCGGCGAUGGAACGUCUGGUGGAGCAAGGAAAGAUUCGCACAAUUGGCGUCAGCAACUUCACCCAGGCCAAGAUUGAGGAAUUGUUCAAGACGUAUAUGACAUUUGCCAAAAUCCGGCCCGCUGUGAACCAAAUUGAAGCCCAUCCGUACCUCCAGCAACGAGAAUUGCUUCAGUGGUCUAAAGACAAUCAAAUUGUCAUCACAGGCUACUCUCCUUUAGGAAACAAUAUUUAUAACAUUCCUCGUGCCGUUGACGAUGACUUGGUGAUUGACACUGCCCGUCGACUGGGUAAAACACCGGCGCAAGUCUUGAUCAGCUGGGCGGUUCAACGCGGGACGGCGGUUCUUCCCAAGUCCAUUACGCCCGAGCGAAUUCGCAGUAACUUCGAUGACUUCGUACUUCCCGAAGACGCAUUCGAAGCUAUACAGAGCCUGGAGAAGCAUCAACGCAUGAACUUCCCGGCGAGACUCGGUGUUGAUAUAUUUGACGAAGUCGGCGAGGCCAGCGCUCGUGCAAGUGCAUUGGCGUGGGCUGCGGAGCAGAAGAAGCUUGCCAACCAUUGA